AUGGAAGACAAGAUGAAGGAAAUUCUAAAUUUUCUAGGGGUCCCAGAAAUCAAGGAGUAUGAAAAAUACCUUGGGUUGCCAGCUAUUAUGGGAAAAAUUAAAAAGGAGAGCCUCAAUUUUAUUAAGGAAAGGGUGUGGGCUAAGCUCCAAGGUUGGAAAGAAAAAAUUCUAUCUCAAUCAGGGAAAGAGAUUUUGCUUAAGGCGGUGGUACAAGCAAUCCCUACAUUUGCAAUGAGUUGUUUCAAAUUGCCGGUGGGUUUGUGCAAGGAAAUAGAGAUGCAAAUCAGAAAAUUUUGGUGGGGUGAAUGUGGUGGUCAAAGUAAAAUCCAUUGGAAGAGUUGGGAAGUUUUAUGCCAACUGAAAUUAGAGGGAGGAAUGGGGUUCAAAUAUUUGGUGAGAUUUAAUGAGGCUAUGCUUGCUAAACAAGUGUGGAAGCUACAAACAGAGCAAACUUCCCUACUGUAUAAAGUAUACAACACAAAAUAUUUCCCCACAAGUUCGAUGUUUGAAGCAAAAAGUAAGAAGGGAUCAUUCGCUUGGCAGAGCAUCCUUAAAGCAAGGCAUGUUAUCGAGAAAGGGAUGUUGUGGAGAGUGAGUGAUGGGUCUAAGAUUUGGGUGUUCCAUGACAAUUGGAUUCCUGAGUGUUUUCCAACAAAGGCACCACACACUCAAGACAUUGAAGAUGACUUAAAUGUUUGUUCACUCAUUGAUCAGACAACAAAUGAAUGGAAUGAGCAAAUGAUUGACCAAAAGAUUGCUCCAUUUAUGGCUCACAGAAUCAAGGCCAUUCCUUUAUGCAGAACGGCGUAG